AUGGCGAUGGGCAAGAAGCUGAGCAAGGUUGACGGCGCGGCGUGCCGGCGGCACUGGCGGCAGGGGGCGCCCGGGGUGUGCCCGCUCUGCCUGCGGGAGCGCCUGUCCCGCCUCUCGCCCUCGGCGACGCUGCCGUCCGUCGUCGCGCGCGGGGAGGCGGCUUCUCGCUCCUCCUGCUGCUCGGACUCGGACUCGGAGGCGUCGUCCACGGAGGCGUCCACCGGCGCGUCGUCGGGGUCCGCGAGCCCCGGGUUCCACCGGGAGAUCAGGCGCGCCGCGAGGCCGUCGCUGCUGAUGCGGCACGAGCGGGUGGUGGCCGUGGACGGCGACGAGGCGGUGCUGGUGAUGAGAAGGAGGAGGGAGAAGCCGGCGACGAGCUUCUGGACGAAGCUGCUGCGCGCGGCGACCGGGGGCAAGAAGGCCGUCGACGGAUGCUCGCUGGCGCAUUCCAGGACGAUCGACGCCGCCGACGGGAGCAGCGCAGCUGCCACGAAGUGGAUCGUAUUCUAG